AUGCCUAGACGCGACCUCUCCAUCUCCUUCUCGCUCCGGGAUCGGGGUAACAGUACUACCGAGUCGCCUGCCUACCUCCCAGUACGGCGGGUACCACGAACUGGCUCGCUCUGCAAGGUCCCUCCUCUUUCGGGGACUAGAUCCUCACUCGUCGGUAUCCGCAAGUUCGUCUGUGGUUCUGGUCACGCGCGAGACGCGAGACGGGCGGCGCAGGUAAAAGUUGUCGGUCGCACUUCCAAUUUACUACCGAGCGGAAACGGGAAGAUCACCCACGCUUCGGUCAAGAUACACACAUACAAGGACCGCGGCCUCUCUCGCUGGCCGUUUCAAGUUCAAAUUCUCGACCGCCGCCGGCGCGGCUCCUUCCCGACUUUCGAGCUGGGUCUUGGAAACGCUAUCGCUAUCACUGAUAGCAAUAUUAAUAUCGACAUCAAGAUCAAUAUCAAUAUCGACAUCAAGAUCAAGAUCAAGAUCAGCUACUAG